UAACUUGAGCUCAUUUAACCAGUCUGGCAGCACGGGAAAAUAACUGAUUUAAAAUGCGCUAAAACUAAAUUUAGAAAUGUUGCUGGAACGUCUAAAGCGCAUUUUGGGCCCUACGUUCUUUUCAUUUCUUAUUUGGGGCUUAAUUUUUUUCGCUUUCGUCGAAUUUUACCUAUUUAUAUUCAGUAGUAGGCGCAUUGCCAUACAGGACUACCUGCAGCCGCCCUACAAAGAGAACAUUCGAGACGUCAAUGUGGGCAAUCGGACCGAGAAGUGGGACAAUCACAGCAUUGCCAAUGAGCUCUAUCAUAAGGUCCGCAUCCACUGUCUGCUCCACCUAACUAACGAUCGUGAGCGCCUCAAGGCCAAACACAUCCUUAAGACGUGGGGCACUCGCUGCAAUCGAAUGCACAUCAGCGACGUGUCCAAUGUGAACAAGGCAUAUCGACGCAUUGCCAGGACACAGUAUGAGGACUUGGAUUGGCUGCUGCACGUGCACGUGGAUAGCUAUGUGAUCAUGGAGAAUUUGCGUUAUAAACUGGCCAGCUAUCGGCCCGAACGAAUGAUCUAUUUCAGCGCCUACCAUGCGGCCUAUCCGUAUGCCCACGUCAGCUUGAAGAACACCACAGAUUACAUAUUCAGUCGCAGUGCACUGCAAGAGAUGUUGAGAGUAUCGAAUGAUGAUUACCUUGCCAACAUGGAGCAGGGCCCCAACGAACAGCUCUUUCCAUUUCAGGUGCCCGCAGAGAUUCUGCCCUUUACGCUGCGUUGUUACUUUUGGAACUGGCCAUUAAUCUAUCGCGCCGUAUACUCCGGACAGGGCUUCGAUAGCAGCAUGAAAAUGCCUAUAAUUCUACCAUAUGUCGAUGUGAAUCAGAUUUAUGUUCUGGAGUUCAUGCUCUACCAUUUGCGUCCGUAUGGCCAUGUCAACGGCAUGCCCGCCCUGCCUGCAGGAUCUGUUAUGCAGCAGCCUGCGCUGCCCGUCAAUGAUAAAGUUAAAACACGGCUCUACAGAGAGGUACGCAUUCUCUGCAUGGUGUUCAGCUAUCCACAUAAAUACGAGCAAGUUGUGCGCACCAUACGCAAGACCUGGGCGAGGCACUGCAACAAGCUGAUCGUGUUCAGCACUCAGACGCCGAAGCAGCGGGGCUUUGAGGAAGCUUAUACCAUAGCCUUGAAUGUCACCGAGGACUAUAAGCAUCUGUGGGGCAAGACGAAGGCGGCCUUUAGGCAUGUCUACACUCACCAUUUGGACGAGGCAGAUUGGUUCUAUAAAGUGGAUGACGAUACCUAUGCCAUUCUGGAAAAUAUGCGCUUUAUGCUGUUUGACCAUGAUGCCGAUGAGCCCAUUUACUUUGGCUGCAAUUUCCAGGCGGAGCACAGAGGACCCACGUAUAUGUCUGGCGGUGCUGGUUAUGUCCUUAGCAGGGAGGCAGUGCGACGCCUGGUUGAAAAUGGAAUCUAUAAAAACCGAUGCAAUCCCAACUCAAUUGGCACCGAGGACUACGAAAUGGGCGUUUGCUUACACAAUUUGAAUGUAACUGCCGGCGAUUCGAGAGAUAAAUUUAGACGCUAUCGUUUUCUGCCAGUUGGAUUGCCCAAAAUGCUCGUACCGGGCAUCAUAGAUAAACAGUAUUGGCUUUAUUAUUAUGUCUACUUCGUAUUCAAGGAGGGCAUUGAAUGCUGCUCAUCCUACAUCAUUGCCAUACACUAUGUGGUCUACUAUCAGAUGUAUAUAUUUGAAUAUUUUCUAUAUCAAAUGCGUCCAUAUGGCAUUAUACUGGGUCAUGAGCCGCUUGCCAAUCGUAGACUGAAUGGAAUUUAGCUAGAUGUGGAAGGUGUGAAGAUAUUCUAUUAGCUAUUUCUAGAGGGAGUUUCACAGUGUAUACUAUAUAUGUAAUGUAAUCCAGACAACUUUAAAUGAGGCUAUGUCUUUGGCAUAGUUUGAUGCAGUCCUUUACUUGAGAUGACCAUUUCCGAAAUUUCCAUACGUUCAACUCAAGCCAAACGGACGUAGUUUAUAAACCAUAUAUUCCAUGACAUAAAAACAUUUAAUAGUCACACAGUUAAAUGUUAUGGCCGACUUUGAGCAGCAGCCGAGUGUAAUCUUUGACCUACAUUCACAAGUUUGUUCACGAACAGCGGCAGUCCGUGCGCAUCGCUGCUGCUGCCAAGAGUCACGCCCACAUUUCGAAAGCAGCGCGCAAUCUCCACAUGCUUAAGGCCAUAAUUGUGACUGCUGCAAAUGGUGCUAUUACCAUGGCCCAGAGUCACAAAUCGAUGCAGCGCCUCUCUGCUAAACAAAUUCCCACCUGAGCCACCUCUCGUAUGCUGUUGGAUAAGGAAUAGGAAAUUUUAGUAUAAGACAUUUUAUUUUGAAACAAAUUUUAGUGGGCAGCAAAUUCCAAAUUGAAAUAUACAUUAAUUGUUCAAGGUUAAUUUUUCGUAUAUUAUAUAAUUUCUAAAACUA